UGACGCAAUAGAUGUUAACUAAAGGCGUGGCUGGUAAAUAUUCAUGGGAAUACAUUAUUAAAUAGCAAAUCCUCAACAAAAGUGAGAAUUUUAAUUGUAUUAAAAAGCUUUAGUGGUAACAAAAUUUUGCAGUUUCAAAUUUUCCUUGGAAUGAAAUAUCCUUCUUGUUGCCUUAGAAAUACAUUAGCUGGAUGAUCUUGUGACAUAAAAGAGUGACCAGUCUCAAAUUUCCAACCCAGUGCUGGGGCUCAUUAUGAUAAUCUAAGUAGUGUCUGAAUAGUCAACAGGCUUUGACUUUUGUUGGUUGUGCAUUUUACAUGAACAGAUGAAUAUCUGAGAAACAGUGGGGGGAAUAACAAUGUCUUUAAAGCUGUGCUUUGAAAAUCUCACACCACUUUAACAUUUUAUUUUAGAAAUAGUUAUAUCUUAAAGGAUUUGCUUAGUAUUUCUUCAAGUGUGAUUCUCAGACCAGUUGUAUUAUUAUCAACAGUAAAUCCUAGGCACCACCCCAGCUCUACCUGACUAGAAUACCUGGGGAUGGGGCACAGAGGUCUGCAUUUUUAAGUACUCCAGGUGAUUUUUUUUUAAUGCUCAGCCAAAUCUAUUGGGUACAUUAAGUUUGAGAAAACCUGACUUCUGGUGGUCAGUAGUUAUGCCACUUGCCAAUUAUGUCACCUUGGAUAAGUCACUUCCCCUCUUUGCACCCUGGUUUUAUUCUAACAAAGAGGGAGUUAAAUUGGAUGAAUGAAAGUUCCUUCCAUCCUUGAAAUACGAUUCAAAUGCUAAUGUGUCUUUAAACAGCUGUCCAUAAUCCGCUACUAGUGUGUAAUAAUACUCGCCUAAUUAUGCCAGCUGGGCGGAAAGAACAAUUUGGUCUGAAUGUGUCUGAGGUUUUGUUGCUUUGAAGUUGAGGUUUUCAAGUCUGUAUCUAUUUUGUCAUGCCUUUGUAGAACCCAUUGACAAGCACUGAUUCUAAAAGUAGAAAUGGACUUUUUCUCCCGUGUUCUAGAGCCCAAACACUCUCCAAUGCGACUAUUUUGAUAAAUGUUUCUUUACUUUACAUUAAAUUUAAAUUAGAGAAUUUCUUGACUUUGGAAUGGAAAUAUUAUAUAGUAUUUUAGGCUGGGUAUUUUAUUUUAUAGUGAUUUUUAGUUCUACUGAAGAUAAAUUAUCAGUGUAUUUAAAGUCAAAGCUUAGGUUUAGAUUGUAAUUUUGGCUGCAAGAAAUUACAUACUGACUGGAAGAUAAUUGAAUUUUUAGUAAUGUGCUACUCAAUACUUAGCUCUUUUUAUAUGAAUAUAAAAGCCCAGCCUACAACAAUGGGACUCAAUACAUUUCCAUAUGUUAGUAUUAUUAUCUGUUUAAUAUCUAGUAAGUGAGCAGCUUUUUAGAAAUAGGAGUAAUGUUUUACUGACAGUUAAUCCUGCUGUAUCCAAACAGAAGAAAUAUAUGUAAGAACAUUACAAAUAUGUAGUAUUAGUGUUUAGUAUAUUUCUGAAAGGAGAAAUCUAAAUUUUAAUUUCAGAUUUCUAAGUCAUGUAAUUUAGUUUUGUUUCAAAGAAUCUACCACUAAAAUGUCAGCUUCAUAUAAACAAAAACCUUGACUGUUUUCUUCACCUCUGAAAACCUUACUUAGCACAUAGUAGGUACUCAAUAAUUUUUUUAAAAAUUUUGACUGGAAUCACAGAGAGUGUAGUGAAGAUUAUAUCUCACAAAUAAACUAUUUUGCAAGAAAAAGUUAACAACUGUAUUUGCAACUUUCCCUCUUAAAAGCUGUUGAAAAUUUUGCAUCUUAGUCUAAGUUAUGAUUUUUUAAAAGAAAGAUAUUCCCCUUUAACCGAAUUUAGACUAGAUUAUGACUAGGUAGUUUGUAUUUACACUGGUUCAACAAUAACUGACAUAUGGAAGUGCUUAAUAAAUGCUUGUUAAUUAAUAAAAGAAACAAAAUUGCAUCAAUGAAACUUCUCGGUUCUCUAUAGUGGAGCUGAAAUGAUCAGAAAGCAAUGAGUGACUUGUCUAACAAUUGCAAAAAAUCACAGAGGAGACAAAAUAAGAAAGCCUAUAAAAAUGGACUUUGCAAAGGAAAGGGGGAAAAAAGUGAUCAAAGCUUCCUCUUUACAGUGGAGUGUGCACCUACACAGACACACACACACACACACACACACACACACACGAUCACUGCCUUUUAAUAACUUGCCUGUGCAGUUUCAGAAACUAUAAACAGUAGUAGAUUUGAUAUGUGCUGGAAAUGGCUCUAAUAGCUUCUGUACUGUGAAUUUUCUCCGUGUUUAUAAUCUUACAUUCAACUCCACUAGCUUCAAGGCACAGUUUACCUUCUCAUCUGUAGUAAGCAUAAUUCCUUUAGAGAAUAGGCUCAGAGUGAUAAACAAUUACAGAGAAGAUUGAUUCUAGCUCCCCAGUGCAUGUAUACAACUCUCCUCUAUAGCAUUAUUCAUAACUCUUUAAUAAUAAUUGUUUUGUAUAUUUCUUGCACAUUGUUUUUUUAGGACAACAAUCUAUAAACAAUUGAACAUUCAAGAAAAAAAGAAAGACAAGCAGACAUGCCUCUCUGAGAGACAGAUGUGUUAAGUCUCCAAGAAGAAGCUGUUACUGCAGGAAACAUAACACCUGCUUAUUUCCCAAUUUGCCUAAAUGGAUUAAAAAAGAUGAAUGACAAUUAGCUUGAAAUGCAGUCCUUAUUUUUUCUCAGAUCAUUCUUAUGAGACGGGUGAUGCCCAAAGAAAGUAAGUGGAUCUUCACUGAGGUUAUUAAAAUCACUUCAUACUUUGGAUGUGUAUGGUUUACUCUUCCUAGAAGUAAAUUAAAGAUUAUCAAUUUAAAAAGAAAUAAACUUAGUACUCCCUGAAAUCUCUUUCUUCCUAAAGCUUCUCAAAGAAAUAUCGGCUGCAUCCCAUCCUUUUCUGCAAUCACCUUGCAAAAGGAGACGGUGGUGGCAAAGGGCAGAUUUCUAUUAUUCCUUGUGAGUGAUCAGGCAGAGUGGAGCUUGGACUUAGAAAGGAGUGAUUAGAACUGCAUCUUACUUUGUGUCUUUGAGUUUCUCCUUUAUGUCUCUCUUUUCAAAAGUGUGGCCCUUGGGUUUCUUGGAAAAGUCAGUCAUCAUCUCUCUCUCUCUCUCUCUCUCUCUCUCACACACACACACACACACACACACACACACACGCAACAUUCCUUUGACUUCCAAGGAGCCACAAGAUGAGUUUGGGCUCAGUUGAGGACUCCGCCAGUGAAGGCACAGAGCGGCCGGCUGUUCCCCUGAGCGUUUACCCACUGUUUGUGGGAGGAUACAUUUUAAAACUUUUCCUUAGAAGCUCUCCAUCCCUUGGCACCACUCAGAAGUAAAGAAUCAACCUGGAACAGCAGCAUUAUAUGCAAAGGGUAACUGUUGGCCUAGGAAGAUUUUAGAGGUCCUCCAGUGUCUGAAUACUCCUACCCGCCACCAACCCUGAAUCUGUGGAGCCCAAUGAGCUCCGUUUCCUUGGCCUAACGAAAAAAAUCAAAUUUAGGAAUGGGGAAGGAGGAAGCAGAACCUUUCCCAAACUUCCAUUCCCAGAAUGUCCUUGGAAAAGCCAGGGAGAUAAAAGUCUCCUUUGCAGAGUCAUUCGUGGGAAAAAAUUUGCUUCCUGGCACAGAGGGCAGUCUGGAAUUACAAAAUAGCGGUUUUAUGAGGGCGAACUCUACCGUAAGACAGUGUACCUGAGGCUGGAGAGGAGGGAGACAAGAGGAGAGUAUUCACGCUUCCCACAGCCAAGUUUCUCAGCACCGCGGACAGCACUCACGCCCCACACGUGUAUGGCGGGCGGGAGAGGAAGAAGGUGACAAAGCCCCCAAACCUAUCCUUUUAUAGAACAGAAGACAGGAGAGGGUAAGGGUCGAGAAAGAAGUUAGGGCAAAGACCAGGAAACACGAUGCUGACCAUUGUCUUGUUCAUUGCAGACUUUAAAUGAAUUUUUGUUGGGUAAAGGAAAGACAGAAUGGACAAGUGUGACAUUAAUCCCCUUGGUGACAAAGUGCAGCUUUUUCCAGUUUAUACAGAGGAAAGCCAAGUACCGUAUUUUCUUUAGCAAUGCUCUCCCACGUGGUAGUAUUUGAGACCGGGGAAGAUAUAGCAUCUCUCAGUAGCACUGCUCUGGCGAUCCUGAUUCAAAGGCCAGUAUUUCCAUCAAGCUGAACAUACUUGGACAGACUUUUAAUCUUCCUGAGCCUCAGUUUCCUUCUCUGUAAAAUGGGGAAGACUCAUUACUACCUCAUAAGAUUGUCACACAGAUCAAAUAACAUAUUGGGUGUAGAGAAGCCUGUCAACCACUUUAAGUAGCAUCUAGCAAUUGUAAAUGUUUAUAAUUCUGAUAUAAAGCACAAAUGAGCUCCCAUAAGAAUUGGUUGUUAUUAUUCUGGUCAUCUUGGUCCAGCAACAUGAUCCCAGUUGAUCCCUCUUGCCGAAAGGAUAGACAGUUGUGGGGAUGCCCUACAUAAAGACCCUCUGGCUUCCAUUUGAGAAAAGAGUUUAGCCAAUGCAGAAUAUAAACCUUUCAACACAGUUCAAAUCUAUAUAUACAUAUAAAUUAAUGUGAGCAAUAAAAUAAUGAAAUUUAUAUCAACUUGAAGCUACAACUGUACCUUAAAAAAGACAACUUUGGAGAUUGAAAUAAAGAUGUGCUAUUUGAAGCUAAAAGCAAUAGACUUUCACUCUCCAUUCCCAUUUCUAACUAUCACACAUCAGUUUGCAUUUUCCUUCUCUUUCUGGAGCUGUAACAUCACCAGUACAGUUUUAAGUCAUAAUCUUCAAAAACCCAGCACUCACUCUGCUGCUGAGGACACUUGUUUCAGCUGGGAAUAUCAUGUUGUGCUCAUUUUAUGAAAUGAUUAACAUAAACAAAAUUGUUUUAAAAAUCUAUCAUUCUCCAGAUGUACUGUUUUACUGAGAAACCAACACAAGAAAACAUGGCUCUACUUUGCUGCCCAAUUUUAAGGUCGCCUUGGGAAGUGAGAGUUGGGAGGCUUUUUGUCUUUCCAGGGGCAAGAAGUAGAGACUAAUUUUUAAGAUAAAGGUCGUUGGUACCACGGUCGAGCCAUUUUCCCCUCUGAGCACUUAACUCCAGAGCCGAUCCUAGGAAAAGCCAACGUAGUGGGCCAAAUGGAGUUAAUUCUUGUAAAAUAAGGUAGGACAAACUGAUCCCUCAAAUACGCAGAUGUGAUGAGAAAGAAUCCUGUUCCUCUAAGAGUGUUGCUCCAUCCCCACAAAUUAAAGGAUUGUAGAAUAAAUAUCACCCAAAUCUGCCAUUAGCUCCAUAGUUUGACAGGGGGAAGAUAGAAUCAAUUAAAUUACAAUGAUUAAAAGUGCAACUUAUUGAACUUUUCAGGUUUAAUUCAACAAAUAUUUAUUUGGCCAUCUACUUCCUGCUCAGCGCGAGACCAGGAGCAUUAAAAUGGUUACUGUGGGAGCCACACAGCAACGCCUCUGUCGUCUCUACCGCGGGGACUUGGUUUAGCAGAUCUAUGUUUCUCCCUAGGCAGCAUCCCAUUCCUCGACUUCCUUUUCUCUUCCCUCUCCUGGAGCUCUCAGAACUAAAAGAGAGAGCCUUCCAUUUCUCAGUCCUGGCUCAGAAUCAGCUCAGAUGGAACCGCAAACACAAGCUCCAUUUUAAGAGGUUCAAACCUCACCGUUCCAAAGAUCCAGUUUACAUUUGAAGAAACUAAAGUUCCAUCCCUUCGACAGACAAGCCAGGGCAGUGGGUUUUAAGCUAAUCCCAUACUCAGCCUGCCCUGGAACUACCAGAGCCAGCCUGGCGACUUGGAGAUCAGGAGCAAAACUGGAAAUGAUCACGUGGCUAUGCACCCCUCACCUUGCGCCGUUUCCGCCUAGAUCAGGAGGUGGGGCAGGGGAGGGAGGGAGUCGGAGGAGGAAUAGAUUCCGGGAGAGAGAAGGAUGAAAGUGAGGGAGGCAUCAAAAUAGUUACAGUUUUUUGAGUCCAAAAGGGAAGAUGGCACUGAGGAGGAACAUGAAAAGAAACUUUCAGAUUCGCCCAGGUAAUGACACGCUCAGGAUGGUGCGGAAACGCAGCUCUCAGACCUUGCCUGCGAACCAGUUCAUUAAAACAAAUUGCUUCUCCACAGCCCCAGACAGAUUCCAUCAUGAACUUUGGCAGAAGAAGGGCGGGCUGCUCUUGACCUUAGAUACCCACCCGUUGACGUCGGCCAGACCACGGACAGCUCCCGCCCCACAGCUCUUCUGCCCUCCAAGCGCUGGGCAGUCUCCAGUUCCAACCGGCAGGACGAGGAGGUGGCUGCUCAGAUCAGCCUCCUCUUGCUCUGCUCCCUCCCCAGUCACCCCUCGGGUGUCUUCUGGCAGCCUGGAGUCCGGCCUUGAGCUAGGUGUCCCACGAGGUGUCAGAGACAGAACCAAGAAAGGGGCGCCCAAUGAAGACCUAGGUCAGCAGCCGCUGGGAGCUCAGCUUCAGCGCCCAAGAGGCAGCACCAGGGAGAUGACAGCGGGGAGAAGGCGGCCGCGGCCCCCAAGAGACGACAGGGCGGAUGUGGCUUUACUUUUCUCCCUGAGGGAGGCUGGCUUGUUAAAGACAGCCCAAGUUGUCAGGUACUGCUUCGCUUGGGGUCCGUGUUUGCUUCUGAGUGAGGGAAAGGUGAAAGAGUCUUGUCAGAAGCCUCUCUGCACAUUGGAGGUGAGAUUUCCCAAGGCGACAAGCUCAGUCACCCUCCGCUUUCCCCUCCACAUCCCAUCUUCAGUGCCUCCUAACCCAGAUCUUUGGGGGGAGGGGUUGGCCAGAUGUGGAAUUCCCUCACCCAUAGUCAUCCUUCUCAGUGUCCCCAUUUUGCCAACCACUGGGUCGUCUCCACACUCCCCUCCUCCCCUAUUACCAGAUUUGCCAAUCCCCAGGUCCUGUGGAAAGAGCUGAGAGGAAGGUUGGGCUACCAGGGUCCAGCUGGGGUUGAGGUCUAGGGGUUCUUGCCUUUUGUUGGAAGGUGGAGAGGGAAUGUGAGAUCCUUCUGCUUCAGAUUGGUCUUCUCUGCUGGCUUUCCUUCUAAGUAUGGAGGAAGAGCUUAAGAGCAAGAAGUCUUCCUGCUCCUCCAAGACUGAAGAAGCUUUUCACAGGUAGAGCCUUUGUUCAAGGAGCUUGACAUUUCUUUGUGUAUGUAUGGUUGGUUGGUAGGGGAAGACGGGGGGGGCAUAUUUCAAUUCAACUGAGCAACACCUUCUAAAGCUUUGGUGAACUCAAAAAGGACUCAGGGCUAGCCCAGGAGACAGUGAUCAGGGUGGAAGACUGGACUUAUGUGAAGGUGGGAGAGGGGGAGAGAAGAUGGGAGAGGGAGGAGGUUUUCUCCCUGAUUGGAUAUUAGAAUGGGAAUACGGACACGCUGUUGCCUUUAGGGAUUUAUAGUUUCAAUCAUUGCUACUGGUUGUGGGCACCUAAACCAGAAUCAGGAACGGGAGAAUUUGUGGAAGGGUGACUAGGAAUCUGAAAACUAAAUACUCAUUUAGGCUUUACCUGCGUAGUUCAAAGGGGGGAAAUCCAAACCAGCUGACACCUUCAGGCAAGUGCUAAAUGCUCUAAAAAGACACUAAUUGAAGACUGUAAAAAAUUUAUUAGCAAAUAUUUUGAAACCACCCAAAUGUCCCUCAAUGAGAGAUUGUUUAGAUGAAUUAUAAUCUAUAUACUGAAAUACUGUGCAGGAGCUAAAAACAAAAUGAAGUAAAUCUGUAAAUAUUGACUAUCAAGGAAGUCUAGGAGGUAUUGUUAAGUGAAGAAAUAUGAUCAUAUUUUCAUUUUUUAAGAGAAGCUGUUAAGGGUGUAUAGUCUAUAGGUGUAUUUCUAUGACACGGAGGAAUAAAAAAGACUGGUAAGUACCAGAAUGUUGACAGUGAUUACUACUGCAGCUGAGAUGGGAGUUGGAGACUGUUUUAAAGAGGAGAAAAAUGAUAUGAUUAAAGGUAAUUUGAACUUAAUUCAAAUUAAGUUUGAACUGAAAAGCCUCUUGUUGUUUUUAUUUUAUUUCAAUGAUUUCUGUAAUAAAAAAAAAGUACUACUAAAAUCAGAAAAAGCAAGUAGAUGAAGAUAUCAAUUCCUGAUCCAUCUAUCCCUUCUACUCCUUUGAAAUAAAGAUCCACCAUCUACAAGCCAGAUCUGCUCCCAGGGCCAAGGGUGCUCUGUCCCAGCUGAAAACUUACAUGAAUAUGACAUUCCUAAGUCCAAGGUCAGCCUGUUUAUUGAUACCGAAAAAUAAGAGCUUAGAGAUGUGCCUGCUCACCCAGAAAAAAGAGGCAUACCCUCUUUCUCUAUGCAGACUUUCUGAAUCAAAUCUGAGCAGAGGUGAAGUUCUGCCAUUUCCCUGGAUUGGCUGUGCUCACUAACCAUGUCUCAUUUUAAAGGUACUUCCUGAAAUUUCCAAGCGCCGCAGUCUAUUCAAACUUUUGUUCUUUUAAACCUUUCUGUCUAAGGAGACAGAAGAACAUAGUGAUUAAGCAGGGGAGUUGAAGUCUGACUGAACCAUGGUUUUCUCAUUUACUGAUUAUAUGACCUUAAGCAACUUAUUUACUACCUUGUGCUUCUGUUCCCUUAUCAGUAAGGUGGGAAUACAAUAGCACAUAACUCAUAGGUUUGAUAAGAGUAUUAACUAAGAUGAACCUGUGAAGAGCUUAGGAGACUGCUAAGUGUCAGCAGUUAUUAUCACUAACCCUGUCUAGAAAACUGCAAAUCAAGGGGCAAUGGAAACCUCUUAGAGGCAGCUUGAAUCUUCCUAGUGUGGGCAGGAGGGAUGGAGCUGCAGAAAUGGGAAUAGAUUAAGGAUACUUAAACUACAGUCUGUAUACUUAGAUGGAAUAAGAUGAUGAGUUUUAGAUUCAUACUUCCUUGGAUUCAAGGCUGGGAUCUACCAUUUACUAGCUGUUUGCACAUGAAUAAUUAUAUUACCUCUCUGUACAUUUUGUUAACUACAAAAUGUCAACAGUAAUAGUGCGCAUUUUAUAUAGUGGCUCUGAUAAUUAAGUGAAUUCUCAGCAUUUGUAAGUGUUAGCUUCUAUUUAUGUUUUGCCUUCUAAAAGCAAAAUUGCUUCAGAUGCUGUCAGUGACCCACUCACAUCCCUUUGUCCUUUACACUUCAGUGCAGCUGCCAGCUCCUGUAUUUUUCUUCCUGAAAGUUUUAUCGGGAUUCUAAGGCACUUUGCCUACACUUAUGGUAGGUCAUAAGUGCCUCAAAAUUAAUAAUCACUCAUCAGCCUUCUACCAAUGACCAAUAUGAGUUGGUAAAGGUUUUUUUUACACUGAUUCCCAGAGCUUCCUCAGAAGGAUUAAGCUCAGUUGCCCACAAUAAUAGCUGCUUGAUAACUUCUCCUUCCCUGUCUCUCUUUCCCAUUUCUCCAUCUUCAAUUCACCAAUAAACUAUUUGCACUGGAAUUCUUUUCUCAGGGUCUGCUUCUGGGAGAACCCAAACUAAGACAGAGGUCCAUAGUGUCCUGUGGUGAUGAUGAUGGUGGCAUGUGUUGCUCAUACAAGCUUCUGCCUUAUUUCAUUCCAAGAUUGCCAUUCAGAAGCCCAUAUCCUAUGAAAUUAUUAAUUUUAAUGUUUGGUUUUGCUCUCUCUUAACUCAGAUAUCCCCACUUCUCUUUCUUACAGUUUCCUGGUUUCCAAGGAAAGUGCAAGAUCUUGAUAACUGCUUCUAAUUGGUAACCAAAUACGGUCCCCUCUCACCGUGUAAGAGAAAUGCCCUUGUUUGUCUGAAUUUCAUUCCAGAACUUACUAUUUACACUCUCCAAACUUCCAAAAGAGGAUACCAGGCAGCCUUUUCCUCUGCAGUGAAAAUAAAUACCAUCAUGCAGGAAUCUGACAGGCAGUCCUCUAUCUUUCCAAAGAAUAUGGCUGGAAAUGUGGUUAUAGAUUUAGGCCAAUGGACAUGUGCUGCAAAACCUCUAACCCAAGAGAUACAAAGAAAGGUAAACUAAACUCUCCAGUUCAUGAGUGCCUUGGAAGGAGCAAUUCUCGUAGUAGAGUGGGUAGCCUGGAGUCAGACAGGCUGGGUUCUUAUCCUGGCUCCUCCACAACUUAAUGUGUAACCUUGAGAAAUGUAUCUAAUGUUGCUAAACUCUGGUCUUCUCAUUUGCAAAUUGGCGAUAAUAAUAAUGUAUACACACUUCACAGUUUUUUUUUCAGGGCUUUAGUAUGCUAAUUCACAUUAAGAACUUAACACAACGGCAUAUCGUAAAUGUCUAAUAAAUGCUAGCCCUCACUUUAAGUAUUGAGAAAAAUGACAACAACAGCAUUUUGUAGAGGAACCACAAGGGACUAUAUGGUACACACUGAGUUUAUAGAAUCUGGAAGCUGGAAAGAGAUCCUAGACACCCUCCAGCACAGCAACCUCCUAAUCAAGGUAAGGUGAGGCAACAUUCUGCAGAACACACAAUUGGUUUCAGCAAGCAAGCAGUGAUUUUUCAGUACAUGUUAGACAUGAUUGUUGGUAUUAGUAUUGUUGCUGUUGGAACUGCAGGCAAAGCGGAGAGCUGGUUUUGGAAGACAUUAGGGUUAUAGGUCAGUGCAGAGCCUGUUUCUUGUCACCUAGUACGUAGCCACAGGUAACACCUAACACCAGCUGAAAAUAGGGGACCAUUUCUAUCCUCCAGGCCAAGAAUGUGGAUAGGGACCUGUCUACCUUGGAAAAGGAGGUGGGUCUUCCUGGGUGCAGUUUGCCAGAGGGAAAAAUAGGUGUAAUUAGUAUGGCACUGGGAGGAAAAUACAUAGAGACAGAGAAAAGAGCAUGGUUUCUGCCUAGACAAUCUCAGUGGGUGAGAUCUAGGUUGGCAGUUGGUCAGUUCCCAGGGUAGAAUGAGUAUCCACAGUACACAGGUCACAUUGCUGAGCAAACGCACCAGUGGAAUUUGCCCUAGAAAUUUCUGCCCCUUAUCUCCAAGAACGCACAUUGGAGGCUCUAUCCAGAGUGAAUUGCUGGAGUUCUUUUGGAGAUUGUAACUCAAAGAAAGCUGGGCUGCCUUGUGGUCUAUCUUAUCACAGUACAGUCAUGCACAAAAUAAUGACAUUUCAGUCAAUGAAAUGUAUGACGGGGGUCACAUAAGAUGAGUACCAUGUAGCCUAGGUGUGUAGCAGGUCUACCAUCUAGGUUUGUGUAAGUACACCCUAUGAUGUUUGCACAAUGAUGAAAUUGCCUAACGACACAUUUCUCAGAACAUAUCCCCACAUUAAGCAAUGUAUGAAGGUAUUGCUUUCUAAAGAAACAUCAUUCUCAUGGCAAAGAAGCGUUGUUGGCAAUUUAAUUCUUGACUGGAAUUUUUGGAAAGGGUGUUGAAGGGAAAUUCUAUUUCUUUCCGUACAGCAAAAUAAGUACACUGAACUCCAGAAAUUUCUCUCCUUCCUCUUCCCUGUAUUUUCUGUCUCUCAAACUUCCAGCCUAUGAGGGUUUUCUUUCUCUCUCUCAUAUCUACCUUCCUAUCUCUUCCUGACUUUCUAGCUUUAAAGAUAACACAGUGUUAUGGUUCAGAGUGUGAUCUCAGAAUCAAAUCGACUAGCUUUGAGCACAGCACUGCCCCUGUUUGUUUGUGGCCUUGGAAAAGUUGCCUAAUAAUAUUAGUUGACUUUGUUGACUUUUACCUUGUGCGAGACAGGUACUCAGUAACUUGUCCAAUGUCACUUAGCCAGUGAGUGAUAGAUCCAGGACUCCAGCUCAGGCAGCUUGAUUCCAAAGUCCACACUCUUGGAAACUAUGCUAUUCCUCAGUUUUAUCAUCUUUAAAAUGGAGAUAAUAAUAAUACCACCUCAUGGCAGGGAAGGCAAUAUAUCACAGAGUGGUAAGGUGGUAAAUAUAUUAAUUUCCCCUUGACAUCAAAUGUUCUUAAUGGUUCCAUUUUACUGAGUCAACUGAAGUUCGGAGAAGUUCAGUUACUUUCUUAUGGUUACACUGGGAAAUUGCUAAAGCUGGCUGGAUUUCAAUUCAAAUCUAGACUAGGCAUUUCAAUCCUAUACUCAGCCAUCUGUGAAUGAUGUGAUAGCGGGCAUGUUUCUCUGCCUCCAUGGGCCUCAGUUUCCUCAUCUUGAAAUUGAGGGAUGACAAUAUCUGUCAUGCCCACUUCACAAAGCUAGGGUAAGAGUAAAAAUUAAAUAUGAAAAUGAAAUUUAUAAACCUUCAAGUGGCAUGGAAAUCUAAGUUAAGUUACCAUAGAAACGUUCUGCUAAGUGACAUACAGCUGGGGAAUGACCAAAGUUUGAUGGACACACCAGACACACUAAGAAUCACCUGAGGACACCAUCGGUGGCCAUUCAGUCUACAGGGGGAUCUGCUAAGAGAACCUGCUGAGGAGUGGACAGAGGCAUAGCUCCCAAGGCACCUGGAGCCAGAGACGCGGGAGAAUAGUGCUUUUCUGAAGGAUAAAAAUCUACCUGUGUUGUGAAAAAAGAAAAAGGCAGAAUUGAGACUGAGUUAAAGAAGCAACUCAAGUUCAUUCAUUGGAUAAAUGUUUUGCAAGCCUACUCUUGGCAAGAUCCUGAAGAUGCAGUACUAAACAGGACAGAUGUGGUUCCUGCCUUCAUGGAACUAAGAUUCCAGCUGGGUGAGCCUUGUUGUACCAUAAAGCUUCAUCAGUGAGACAACAGCUUCAUGAGAGCGUCACUCAGAUAAUCCAGAAAUUAAGGUGCACAGAACUCCUUGGACAUGUGUACCUAACUCUGGUACCUAUGUGGGAGGAAACUAAUCUAAACUGGAAACAACCCUAGAAUGGAUAAACAAGAAUUUUUAGAUUCUUUCCUCAACUGUGCCAUUGGAUCAAACAUUUUAAAGCUCUCUUGGAAGAAGAACCUGGGACCUGUUGAUCAAAAUGCCAAGAAACAGCUCUGAUGGAGGGGAACUAAGGACAGAGAUGGAAAAGCUGACUCAGUAAAAGCUCAGGGAUAACCGCUGCAGCCACCCAACCCUUUGGCCUCUCUACCUUUUUGACUUAUUUCUUCUGAACACAUUAGUUCAAAAUGGUGGAUGUACAGAUGCAUGGCAUGUUCCAAAUAUGUGAGUGCCAGGCACUGUCCUAGGUGCUGAGAAAUCCAUGAUGAGCAAAUCAGACACAGUCCUUGUCUUAAAUUUGCUUACUGUUGGCUCAGAAAAGAGCAAACAAGGAUUUAAUCUCAGCUCUGCCACUAACAAGCUGUGUCACCUUGGGUAAGUCACUUCACCUUUCUGACUUUCUGUUUUCUUAUUUUGACCUUUAGUUCAGCAGAACCCCUAUAGGAGCACCAAUGGCUUUAGAAAGUGGUAGGCUACCAUCUACAUUGAGGUUUCAUUGAUGCUUGUGCCUCUAUCCUCCUACCAGUCAAUUCUUGUUUAAUUCAGAGCUAGGCCGUGCCAGACCAGUGAGAAGGCUGUCUUCUCCACAUGGCCCCACCCAGGGUCCCUUGGGUCCAAUUACAUCAACCCUUUCUCGAAAUUCACUCACCAAAUUAGCUGUUACGUGCUCUGGCCGUGUGAGUGGAUCACAUCCAUUACCUCACAGAUGUGAUGGCUCCAGCAAAGCCCCCAGGGAGCUGUGCAGCCCACUGCAACCUCCUUCAAGGGCUUUCAGAGGAGCAGGAGCAGAUGCUUCCCCUCUGCAGUGCUACUGGUCCAUAAAAAGAAAAAAAUGAUCCCAGAGUCAAAAGAUUCACUUUCAAAAGAGCCCCAGGGCUAAAACAAACUGUGGUGACAGACUGGCGGGAAGAAGAAGCUAGAACGAUAUCCACAGAAAAACAGAGACAUUUGUGGAUAUUAAGAGAAAAUAUGCAUUCUUCUGAUCACCAGCCUAACCAAGUCUGGCAGAUUCUGAUGGGGGCAUUUUUGUAAACAUUUAGGUUUAAUCUGCGCUCCCUCAUUACUAAAUUAGUCCGGAGUACGCACUCUGGGUGACACAUAGGAAGAAUAGUAAUACAUCUCACUGUUAAUUUAAUUAAUAUAUAUUGAGCAGCUAUUGUGUGCUUGGCAUCAUUAUGGGCACUGGGGAUACAACAAUGAACGAAACAGUGCUUGCUCUCAUGGUACACAUUCUAGUUAGGCAAGACAGAAAAUAAAAACAAACUAAUUAAACAAAAAGAUAUAUGUGAUAUGAUUCACGUAGUGACAAGUGCUAUGAAGAAAAGGGAAGUAGGGAAGGGGACAGAGAACAAAGAGAGAAAGGACUGCUCUUUAAGUUGGGGGCAGGAAAGACUUCUUGACUGGGGUGACAUUUGAGCAGAAACUUGAGUGAAGGGAGGGGGUGAUCUAGGCAGAUACCUGAGGAAAAAACAUUCCACACAAAAGAAAGAGCCUAACCAAGUAUCUGACAGGGGCUGGCUGCUAUGUAUUUUACACACCUUAUAAAUAUUUUCUCAAUUAGUUCAUAAAAUAUGAGACAGGUAUUUUCACUGACGUUUGAGAAAACUGAAGUUCAAAGAGUUUAAAUGACGUGUCCAGGCCACACAGCAAGUUAAGUGGCAGAGAUGGAAGGUGGCUCUACCUCAGUGUUCUUCACUCUUACGCUUAGCUGUUCCUGGCGUUAGUCAUUCCUAAGCUUCACUUGAAUCUGAUUCUCUGUUGCCCCAUAUAAAGCACACUCUCCCACCUUCCUAAGCUUCUUCCAGCUCUGAGUUCUGGAAUUUGACGCAAAUUCCCUAGAGACAGAGUUUGGUAUUAUUGCCUGACUCCCAUGAAAGGUUAGAUGAAGAAGCCCCUGAGAAACCAGCUGAGGCAUGUGCCCAAAGAUGGCUGAGUCUAAAAACAUCUGGAGGCAUAGAUGGAACUGUCCUCAUCACGCCAUGGGGAGGCCAGCCUCUCCCGGGCACUUACUUAGGUUGCUGACUCCAUGUCUUUCUUUCUGGGGAGAAUUGGGUAUGGGAGGGUGUCAGUUACACCCGCCCUGACUAAGGAAAUGUGCAGAAUGGAAAGACAGCCAUUACCCCAGGCUGGCCAUUGCCUCCUUAGCAACAAUAGCCAUGUACACAUUCACACACAAACACUGCACCAAAACAAGCAAAGGUCACUCUCUCUGGGCACUUCCAAGAAUGAUCUCAAUUUUUCAUAAAACAAUGUUUAUAAAUUAGAUGGAACCCCAGAGCAGUCCGGGAAUAGAAAUAACCAUUUUAUGAGGUUUCCUGCCAUUACAUUAUUGCUUGUUUGCUUUGAAUGAGCAAAAUACAGUUUACGGCCCACCCCUUGCAGAGCCAAGCAAAGACAUUUUUACGACGGCUCCAGCCAAGCGAGCCUGAAUGGGGAGAUAUCCUUGGUACUAGUAGGGGCUUCCAUUCAUGGUCUUUUGACUGGAAGCACCUAAAAGGCAGGGCUGUGCUCUACUCAUCUUUGCAUCCCAGCACCAAGCACAGUCCCAGCACAACAUAAACAUUUAAGAAAUGAUUUUAAUUGUUGAAUGAGUGAAUAUGUGACUGAAUCAAUGAAUGAAAGCAUGAUUGAAUAAUCUGAUUGCUGGGGCUGGUACUAAAGAAUGUGAGAUAAUUGACAAGAAUACAAACACUUUUGAGCCCUUGUUAGAUGUCAGAGCUUUAUAAGUGAUGACAUCAAAGAAGUGUCCCAUGUUUUUCAACCUACUUCCUGCUCUUGCUGGCUUUUCCUCAAUCCCUCAAGGCCUCUGUGCUGCUUGCUACAGCCCCCGACCCCGGUUGCUCUGCAUCCCUAACUCCAGAAUUUACUUUGCAUCUUUACCUAUAAAAAUUCCCAUAUCUCAGUCCCCCUGAUGUAACUGGCUGGCAUGAAGAAAAGCACUUGAUAAACUAAAUGCCUUAGUUGAGUUCUCUCAGAAGCAGACGCUGAGGCAAGGAUUCAAGUUCAUGCGGGUUAUUUGGGAAGAGAGGUUGGAAGAGACCGCUGUCAAGAAUUACUGGAUCAUGUUCUCAUGUUAGCAGAUAAAGCAUUUGCCCAGUUCUCACAAAUCUGUAUUCCCAGCAUCCUGUUGUGCGUAUAGCAGGUGUUCAAUAUGCUUCUGAGGACUAAGUGAAAGGAUGAUCUAAUUGAAGGUCAGAAAAGGAAGUGCUCGAUGAGGCCUAGAGUCGUGAGAAAAUUUGAAGAAGGGCAUACUUGAACUAUGCUCAGCCUCAGUUGAACUUUGACAGACAGAAGGCGGCUUUGGUCACACACAGCUUCGCAUUGGACCCCAUCCAAUUGGAAUUUAUGACUGGAAGUGGCAGAAGGCCCACAUCAUAGCAAUGUCUCACCUUCAACUGGCUCCACAGCUUGGACCCUAAGGACACCAUGUACACUCCAUCAAACCAGAAAACAAGCUCUUUGAUGCAGAAGUUACUGCUGUUGAGCCCUGUGAAGAUCAGGACUUUCAGCCCAUCCAUUUUGUGGCAGGGAACGGGGAAGAGGUCAAGGCUGAGUUCUACCAGGCAUUUCGCUCAGAAGUCUCUCUUGGGCUCUAGUGACUUGAGGAAAGGGAAUGUGGGUGCCCCAAUCUGCGAGACAAGGAGGCGCAUAGAAAGCUGAUUUUCUUCAAGACAAGACUAACGACACAACAUCCCUGGGGUCCCCGCUCAUGGAGUCCAACUGAAACCACUGAAGUUGGAUUGGAGACUAGUGCCUGGAGACAGUUCAGAUUAGACCUAUGUUUGGAAGAAAUGAGAGAUCUAUUUUGCCCAAAGCCUCACACUUUCCUUGGAGGGACGCCAUGGCCGCCCACACACCCUUGUCUUUCCCAGUUCCUGUAAGGAAAAAGAAAGUUACAAGGAGAUAGAAAGUAACAAGAAAAGGGGGAAAGAGAGAAGAACGGACUGCACAGAAAAUCUAAAAGAAAAAAGAGGAAAGAGAAAUGAGGAAAUAGUGGGGAGGCAGAGAGUAGGAAAAAUGGAGAAAGAAAAGAAGAAAUACAUCCAAAAUUUCCGUUAAAAAUCACAUGUAUCAUAAACAUUGUUACUGAUUCGUUCUAGCUGAAUCCCUGUCAUGUGCCAGACACCAUACUAGGUGUUUCUAAACACUGCUAAGGAUCAAAUGAGGGUUAGAAAGCUUGAGAAAGCAGUGGUUAAUCCCUGCAAAGCCCUAAUUCUGAGCAUCUAUCCCACACAUGCUACUAAGAAAGUAUAGUAGCUGUCUUACAGCCAUUUUACUUUGAUUACGCAGAAGUGGAGGAGUCGGAGGCUGAACAGUGGGGUGGGUGGGGGGAGGAAGGAUGAGAGAGUCAGAAUAACUGAUAUAAAAUUUUUAAUCAUAUCAGCCUGUCCUCAUUUCAGGACACACAUCACCCUUAGACGUGAUUAAAUGCCAAGUAAAACACAUCUUGCACUUUGAGUCUGAACUCAUGAACUCCCCCCGGGAGCCCUGCAGAAGCUGGUAUAUGCUUUUCACAGAGUUGGGGGUGCAUUUAAAGCUAGAUUCUGUGAUUGUUUUCUAAGGAGAAAAAUGAGCUGUGCUGGUGCUUUUCUUCAGUGAAUGAGGAACUCUUUCAUCAAGUCAACCCCUUUCUCCAGUCUUCUUUGGCUCCCACUGCCUCUAGGAUCAAGUCCAAACCCUUUGUCCUCAAAUCCAAGGCCUUCCACAGGCUGGCUCCAGACGGCCUUAUCAACAGUGUUUUUCCAACACUCUCCACUGUGAACUAUCAACUUCAGUGAGACUAGUCUGCUCACUCUUCCCUCCCCCCAAACACACGCAUACUGCCCCUGAAAGGACAAUGAACGGCUCCUUCAGCUUCCUAUGCAUUUGCUCCCGUGUUUCCUUUCACCUGGAAUGUGCUUGCUGCCUCUCACCUUCUUCUAAGUCCUAUGUAAGUUUCAAAGCCCCAUUGAAGGCCAGCCUCCUUGGGAAGGAUUCCCUAACCACCCAAAUCUACAGUGUCCUCUUCCUCCUCUGCCCCUUUAUGAUAUCCAGUUUGGGUCCUACUGUAAUGGCAGCUAUGGGUUGUCAUUCAAUGAUGCCUCAAGUCCCCGUGAAGGUGAUUGUUCUCUCUGUCUGCUAUGCUUCCAGUUCUCUUGUAUUCCUUUUUGGUUUCUUCCCUUCACAUCUGUCAACAUUGUCCUGUCGUCAGUGCCUCCUUGUAAACUGCUCCCCUUCUAUCAUCUCUCCUGCUCAUUUGCUAGGAAUCCAGAUUACCAAGCUGCUCCCAACCCCAAUUAGCGAGAAUCACUUCCUCCCCUCUCUUCCCUAAGGACUAUGAGGAUCAACAAGUAUUUACUGUAGUGUUUAUUUCACUGUGUUAUUAUGUUAUAGCAGUUUGUGUACAUUUCCUGUCUUCUCCAUUACAUUGUAAGCUCCUCAAGUGUAGGGAUUUUGGUCAUCUUUGUUUCCCUCUCGGUGCCUACCACAGUGGACCGUAUACAGAUGAUAUGCAAUAAAUGCUUAUGAAAUGUAUUUUCAUCAUUAUUGCAUUUCUAAGUUAUGCCUUAAAUAAAGGCAAAUAUGCUUCAUGAAGGCUUAGAGAGCCUGAAAUAUUUGGGGUAAGGGUCUUUUCUCCCCUGUACAUAGCUCCUUCUCAGAUGGACUUGUCUCUCAUGGUGGAAUGGCUCCUUAAGGAAAUUCAGGGUGUUAUUUCUCUAAGAAGAAGAAUGGAUAUAGGACAACUGGGACAAAUUUCCCUUAACUCACGGACAUAAAAGGACUGAAAACCAAGUAUGUCAGGUCUCACCAGAACUAGAAUUGAGAAUGACAUACAGGGGCCAAAGCUGCACUCUUAACCUUUCAGGGCCACCUGGUGUCUUACUGAUGCCUUUUUUGGUGCACAGUUUCCAUUCUCCUCUCUCAAUGGGCCUGUUCGACCCCACAGCUCAUCACGUGGAGCUUUGGCUUUAUGUGAUGCUAAGUGCAUUUCAUAAUCUCUCCACCUGUCUCCCGCACUGGCUGGCAACAGCUGCUCGGUUGUCUAAUUCCAACAUUCUGAGUGAAGAAUGUGAUUACCUUUUCUCACUUUCCCUUGCUGGGCGAGAAGUCGUUAGCAAGCUUCAGGAUGGGCCACCUUUGAGUCAGGUGCCAUCCCUGCUGCAGUCAGCCUCUGCUGAGAAGUGGAGGUGUUGAGGGAGAGGUACCAUCAUAGAAAAUAUGGCUGCCUAAGCCUGCCCCAUCAACAGAGCUGAGGGCAGGUACAAUUCCCCUUUCAUUGGACUUGUCUAUGAAGACAGAUGCUUUCAUAACAGGUAGAAAGCACAAAUUCUUACAGGGGUCAUACAAGCAAUAUAAAUGAGUAAAGCAGUCUGGUGUAAAGCAAUGGGAAAUGGUGGCUCCAGCAACUGUUAACACAGGGGAAUGUUGCCAGAUCUUUCCGUUUUUAAAGAGAAGCCUUAAGUAUGCAUUUUGGUGUGAAGUGCCUGAGUUUUAAAACAUGAUGCAAGCCCAAACCAAACCUAUCUGUGGGCCAAAGUAGGCCUGCAGGCUGUCAGUUUGUGGACUCCACUUUAAAAACUAAUGUACAGCACAGAUCUCCUAAAAGUAAGGAAAUGUCAUAUGAGCAACUAGCCCAUUAUUGUAAUUCAUUUCCUUUCACUAUAGUUAUUUGCUUAUUAAUCGCUUAUUAGGUAUCUAUUGAUUGACUUAUUUAAGUUAUUUGCUUCAGAUUGUCUUGAGAGAUUAGCACUUGCAUUUGCAUCAUUUUAGAACUGCCCGUCUUCUUGCCCAAGUUCAUGUGAUACCAUCUUCAACCAGGAGAAGACAAGGCUCCAGGGGGGUUUUAGCUUGAGGCUUCAUAAAACGUCACUUUGGGGAGAUGAUCCCUUGUUAAUGAGCUUCUCCUCAGGUUUCUCAAAGACCAUCCAGGCCUCUGACUUGAAGGACUAUGAGCCAGCAGAGUAACCAGGAAAAACCAAACCUCAUGUUUUGGGAGCCGUAGGGUAGAUUUUGCAAGGUUGGUUUCAGAAGCCAGAACAAUGGGCAUGUUUAUAUGUGUGAGGAGAUGGCAGAUGAAUGGAGAGUGGAAAUAUGAUCACUGAGUUGACCAAGUUGUUCACAGGAUUGAUCAUGCUUUACUGAGAAAUCUCUGUGAUGCCCAUUAGUUAGGGCAAGUCUCAGAGGCAACGAGCCUUGGUUGUUCCUCCCAAUCAAGAAUAAGACUACUGCAUGGGGUUGUAUGAUGCUUAAAUAUUUCUCCAAGAAUAUGGAUGUGGCCCAUGGACUAUUUUCUACAGAAAUACCUGGUUUGGGAAGAAUCAGUGUCAUAUCCAUUUGCCAAACAUUGUUUUUAUACCAUAGGAUUGUGGAAAAAGAAAUCCAUGAGUGCCAGUCAAAUGUCAUAUUGCAGAGAUGAGCCUUGAGAAAUGGAGCCAAUGCAAACCUCACCUAAAGCAUACCUGCGAUUGUGGUCCUCCUCCUUCUUUCUAAUAUGCGCAUGCGUGUUUCUGUGUGUGUGUGUGUGUGUGUGUGUGCGCGCGUGCGCGCCCACAUGUGUGGGUUGUCUUGAAAUAUAUUUGUAUAGGAAAGAACACACAUUUGUUAAGUGUACUGCUGAAUAGAUUAUCGUAAAAUGAACACAUUCAUAUAAACACUACCCAGGCUAGGAAAUAGAACACCAUCAGUAGUUCAGGAGCCCCCCUAACAAGCCUCCUUCCAGAUAUUAGCCCCCUCUAAGUCCCCAAAGAUAGUCACAUCUUGAUUUCUAAUACCAUAGAUUAGUUUUGCCUGUUUUUGAACUUCAUAUAAAAGUCAUAUUAUGUAAAUACUUUUGUGUCUAUUUGUUGCAAUAGUUGAUUCAUUUCAUUGCUGUAUAAUGUUCUAUCACAUGACUCUAACGCAAUUUUUCUGUUCUACUAUUGAUGAAAAUCUGAUUUAUCUCUAGUUUGAGCCAUUACAAAUAAUGCUGCUAUGAAAUGCUUGUUCAGACUUUAGGUACCUUAGUGUACUAAUUUCUGUUUGGUUUAUAUCUAGAAGCGAAAUUGUUGGGUCAUAGAAUGGGUCUAUUUGAUGAGUAGAUACUGUCAAAUAAUUGUCCAAAGUGGUUGUACCAAUUUACACCAGUGCACAAGAAUUCCUGUUGUGUUGCAUGUCCACCAGCACUUGGUCCUGUCAACCUUUUUAACUUGAGCCAUUCUGAUGUAUGUUUGCAUGCAGCAACUGAGAGCACAGCAGUUUUUCAGUUUUAUCAAAUUGUGCAAACUUCUGGUUGUACGUGGAUUUGUUGUCACUCAAGUAUAGAAUCAACAUUUUGUUUUCGCUUUUACUGUAACGUUUUUAGAUGACCCAAGUAGAACAUGUUUACACAGCAUUGCAAACAAAAUCCAGUAGGCCUCAACCUGAAUAUCUGACAAAAUGAAGAACUGACGUCCAUGCUCUUGCUCCUGCGCCCUCUUCCGCUCCCUGUGUUCUUCCCACGGUCUUUAAACCCUCUCGUUCUUUAAAUAUAAACUCUACCCUCUACCUCCCCUUCAAGCCUUCCUUGAUUACACCAGCACUCAUUUAUUGCCUUCCCUUUGAAAGUCCUAUAGCACUUCUAGUGCUUUCCAAAAUUUUCUGAUUUUGAGUCACCUGAAGUAUUUGUUAAAAUUAAAAACUUCUGGACCCUAUCCUGGGGAAGGGUCUGGGAAAACUGCAUGGUUUAUAAGUGCUCCAAUCAAUUCCGAUCAUCAGAGGAAUCUGAGGACCAGAGAUGCCAUAGAAUUUAAGAGAAAUAGGUAAAAGCAGUCCCAAGUUAUGACUACUUCAGUUAGGAACAAUACCUAGAUACGACUGGUUACUUAUUCAGCUCCACUAAAUAUUAUCCUCCUGACAUCCCCUCACCCUGCCCACCCCCAGCCCAAAAUUUCAGAAGAUGCAGAGUCUAGAGGCUUCACCUGUUAACCAACCAGUUGGACAACUCUGUAGCGUUGCUGCUCAAAGUGUGGUCCCUGGACCAGCGGCAUCAGUGCCACCUGGGAACUUGUUAGAAAUGCAGAACCUCAGGCUCACUUUGGACUUACAGAAUCACUAUCUGAAAUUUAUCAAGAUCCCCAAGUAAUUUGUAUCCACAUUAAAAUUGAGAAGCAUUGCUUUAUUAUGUGCAUGUGGGGAACUUUACCAGGUGGUCUGGGGAUCCUAGCACCUCAGGAAUAUAGAAAGGGCAUGAGCUUUGGAAACAGACAGUCUUCAAUGAGUCCCAGGUGACAAGGAAGUUACUUAAUUUCCGUAUCGUCUAAGGUCAUCUGUAAAAUGGAGCUAAUAAUCCCCACCACGCUGAGAUACUUUGAGGAUUGAUGAAGUAACCUAAGUAAAGUACCUCUUAGUUAGUGCUCACAGUUAGUGCUCAACCAUUUUGGCAAUUUGCUUUGCACAGUGCCUGGCACAAUGACAAGUGCUUGAAAUGCUGUUACAGCGGCUGGUCUUGGAGGAGGUGGUCUAGACAAUGUUGUUCUUUUUAACCUCAAGGAAUUUACAGUGUAGGAGAAGGGGAUGAGGCAAACACAUAAAAAGUUUAAAGAAGAUGAAAUAUUAUUAUGACAAAGGGAUCCUUUUCCAAGUUGGAGAUUCUAUAAGAAUUAAGAUUCUAAGCAUGUAAAUAUUAAAUAAAUUUCAAGGUAGAGCAACUAACAUAUCCAAGCACUUGGCUUAUGCCAGGCAUAGAUUAACAUUAUCUCAUUCCAUACACCCAACUGCAAGUCAGGUAGAUACUAUUCAAAUUGCUCCCAUUUUAUAAAUAAAACAAUUGAGCCUAAAUAAGUUGCCCAAACUCACCUGAAUAUUAAGUGGUGGAGCCAAAAUUUGAUCCACUGACUCUAGAGCACAAUAUACUCUUAAUGGUGGUGAUGCUGAACAAUUUUCUUAAAGUGACUUAAGAUUCUUCAAAAGCUUAAGGAACCACUGUGGCUGGAGUGAGGUGUGGGACUUCAAAGAGGAGACCAUGCGCUGUACAGACUUGGUAGAAUCAAACAGAGCAGUAUUCAAGAAAGACACAUGCUCAUAAUACUGGUAACACCUCAGAUAUAUGCUUACGUCUUGGUUCACAAAGCGUGUUCACAAAUGCUUACUCAGGGCUACCAAGAUGGAAUGCAAAUUGCCCCUGCCUUGAUGAUCUUAAUGUCUGUAGCAUCUACUUAAUCCUGCAAGUACCACAUGAAAUUGGUAUUGUCUCCAUUUGGCAGAGAAGGCAAAGAGACAUCCAGUGGUUUGCAUAAGAUAAUGGAAACAGUAGGUGGUGAUGCCGGAAUUUGAACUGAGACCCUCAGAAUCUAAGUCUAAAGCAACUUUAUCAUUUGCUCCUUUAGGAAGAUAUAGAGGCUAGAGUGACCAACCGUUACAGUUUGCUUGGAAUGGGAGAGUUUCCCAGGAUGCAGGAGAUAUAGGAAAGUCCUAAGUAAGCCAGGAUAAGCUGGCCUCCCUAAUAGAGACCUAAACACAAAAUCCAUGCUUGCAGUAAGAUACUUCCUUUGGCUGAACUGAAGAGUUUAGUGUGCUAAGGUAGGGUGUGCUGUUCUCAUUAAUCAGAGACCCAGUACUCCGCACCUUGCCCACCACCUGCUUCCUGCUUAGUUCCCAGAGACAGGAUGGCUACAGGGACAGGCUUUCCUUCUCUGAGCACUGACUGCACUCCAAAUUUUUCUUUCUGCUUGCUCGUUCCCUCAGAACUUGCUGCAGUGUGUGUGUCUGGGGUGUAGACCCGUGUUUCUCAACCUUUAGUAUACAGACAACCACUUGAGGGUCUUGUUAAAAGGCAAUUCUGAUCAAGUAGGGCUGAGAUAAAGUCCCAGACUGCAUUUCCAACAAGCUCUCUGAUGCGAAUGCUACUGGCUCAUGGACCACACUUUGUAGAGAAAACAACAUCCAUUUUGACAACGGGAACAGGAGCCCUCAGUCUUACACAGUAUUUAAAUUGGUUGAAUCCAAGAAAACAGUUGAUUUCACUCUCCUCUGAGACCUGCCUCUGGUGUCUUAUAAGUACAAACUCCUUCUCAGACAGAUCUGGAGUCAAGCCUCCCACUCACUAAUUGGGUUACCUUAGGCAAGUUAUUUAAUUUCUCUGAGCUACAGGUCCCUCACCUGUCAAGUCAGGCAGUUAUCCCUCUCACAAUCUUAUUGCGAUGAAUAAAGAUAAUGUCUUUUAAGGACGCACCACAUUCCCAAAUAAACAUAGAUUAUCUUUACUCUUCACAAAAAGAUGGUGGUUAGUGUUGCUGUCAAAAGUUUCCCUUGGUCAAAAGGAUGAAAUGCACUUCCAAGACCUACAGGGUCAUGAGUUGGGAAGGCCAAAAGUGAUACCCAUUUCUCAGAAAUGUUUGCCUCGAAGCUCUGAUGACCCGAAGAAAUAAAUCUCCAAAUGGCAGCAUUUCUAGUUUCCUUUAUCUGUUUAUUCAGCAAGUAUUUACUAAGGCAUGCAAACACAGUAAUGGACAAAACAGGUAAAAUUCUUGCUUUCACAGAGCUUUCUUUCUUAGCUGGAAUUUAAAAAUUGCAGAAGGGGAGAGACUCUGGAAGAGAGAGAGAGAGCCUUCAAAUCAUAUUCCAAAGACUUCCUGAGACCCAGAAAUGCAUCCUGGUUCUAAUAUUGGGAGUGCCAUUGCAUAAAAAGACAUCAUCCUUUGAUUGCCUCAUGGUUUGACUACUGAAUGUUCCAGUAGAGUAGUCAACAGGCUGACCUUUACUUUCUCAAUAAGUUCUGAUACAUGUGAGGCGAAUAUAGCAUCUUAACAAUGUUGAAAAGGAGCCACUUCUAGAGAAUGUUUCUUGGGAGAAAAUUCUUUUCUUAGUCUUCACUGCACAACACAUGUAUAUGGGCAUGCCAGGUCAUGCUGGAUAUGUUUCCAUGUGAUAAAUGUCACCAAAACUAGUUGAGGUGCUAAUGGGUUAGGUAAACAGUGGUAUAGGCAGGGGACAGUGAUGAGAACAUCUCCACAGGGAGGUCAAGCUGCCUUGGUUCUUCUACCCCCACCCCCCCAGGAGUUUUGGGCUUAAAAAUAUGACUCCCACAAUGUCUUUAUGGAUGAGGAUUGAAUGAUCAAAUUCAUGCAUCACUGGCAGCAGCAUGAGCGAACAUCCAAAGGACUCAUCCUAGCAAAUAGGGAGGAUCCAUUUCAAGUUCUACAACUGACUAAAGCUUGGCACUCCCUCACAAAUGUAUUCCAGCUGGUUCCAAUCCACACGAGACACGAGUGUGUGUGAGUGCAUGCGUGUGCACGUGUUUAUGUGUCUGCAUGUGAAAGACAAUGCACUUGGUAAGCAGGAGAGCUUUACUUCAUUUUCCUUUUGCUGAACAGCUAUCUCCCAGGAAGGAAGAUCCAUUAAACAUCAGAAAGCAUCAUAACUCCAGGCGAUCCAAGGAAAUGAGGUAGGUAGCUGGCUUUUGUUUUAGGGAAUUUAGAGGAUUAUCAGAUCACCUAAUUAGAAGAGAUUUUGUUAAGCUCUACCUGCCAACUUUUCUGUAGAUAAUGGUCAAGCUGUGGGGCCAUGCUCUGGACCGUGAGGAAAGCAAGCAGCCAUAGCCUCCUCUCAGCAUGACGCAUCCUCCAAGUUAGUGGAAUCUAAAUAAACAACCGAUUUUGCUAAUCUCAGAGGCCUCCCUCUGGUGCCUAAUAAGUACAAGCUUCCUCUCAGCCUUUGCCUCUUCUCCGUGGCUCCCUUAUGAAAUGUGAUGCUAGCUGUAGAGUUGGAAGGACAAAGGGACUGAGUAAGUGUAAUUUAUUAUCCAGGAUUGUUUUCAACCUUUUUCCAAUUAUACACAUUUUUCUCUUGGCUUUGGCAGACCUGGGUUUACGAGGCUGUUCUUCUGGUCACUAAUAGGCUGAAAAAAUGGGCCCCAAGUAUUCCUUAAGGGAUGUGUUACUAGCCUUUAGAAAUUUGCCUAUGGCAUUAGCUCUGUUGAAUGCAGUUAAUUAAGUGAGAAAACUAAUACUGACUCCUGCUUCCCCCGCCCCCCUUUGUCAGCCCUCCCACCUUCCACGUACACCAAGGCUUAACAUGGGAUCGUUUCACUUAGGGACUAGAGAGCUGUCAGAUCAACAGAGAUGGAAGCCCAGAUUGGGUUGGAGUCCUCUCCUUGGAAUUGCUUAUUUGUUCUCACCUGCUGGGGAGAAAACAUUGGGCUUAGGAAAGACAAAUGGCCUUCACUUUAAAUCUGUGGGGCAAAAAGCAAGGGGGUCAGGGACAGGGACCCUGGUUUAUGCCUAGGUUGCAUGGUGAUUUGAUGUAUGACCUUGAACAGGUCACUUAGCUCUCUGUAGUUCAGGUUCCUGAUCUGUAAAGGGGAUCGGAAAUGAUACCCACCUCUUGUCUACUGGAUUGGUUAUGGAUCGGAGGCUUGUUUCUUUAUCCCUCCCGCUUACCUGUGGACAUUCUCCAUGAUUCAGGGUGUGUGCUCCAUCUUUCUAUGUUGCCCCUCAGUGAUCUCACUCCUUCUCAUAGCUUUAGGUCCGGCAUCUACGCAGGUGACCACAAAAUCUGUAUCACCAGCUUCGACUUCUCUCCCAAGUUCCAAUCUUAUAAAGCCAAAAUGUCAAUUGGAUACCUUCUAGACGGAUGCUUUGUUUAUAAAAUUUCCUCUUCUAUCAAAACUCAAUUAGGCCAUGCUUCACUCUUUAUUUAAAAACCACAGCCAUGGCAUAACAGGAUGUAGGCUUUGAAUUCCAAUCUGCUUGUAACUCUGUGACUUGGGUGAGCCACCUGUGCACAACAAGCUUGAAAUGGUAAUGGUCAGGCUACCAUAUGGACAAAUCUUGGCAAACCACCUGUUAUAUCAUAGACAUUCAAUAAAUAAUAUCAUUCUUCCUAUCCUUGAGCUCUUUCAGAAUUUCUGUAAUGCCUUUAACUCUCAGAUUAUCUUUGAUGUCUAUUACACAAGGUUUUCAAAUACAGAAAAAAGAAGUACAUAAAAAGUUGACUGUCCAGGUACAUUCUAGACAUGGAGCCUUUGUUGUCCCAGUGAGUUCCACUUUUAAUUCGGAGAUAAGUUCUACUGGAGACAAGAAUAACUUUAAGUUAUCCUGAAACUAUACGUAAGAAUGCAGUGAAGUUUCUUAAGUACAGAAGAACCCUGAAAAUUUUGUGAUAAAACACUAGUAUUAGUGCUGGUGGGAAUGCAAACUGGUGCAGCCACUAUGGAAAACAGUAUGGAGAUUCCUCAAAAAACUAAAAAUAGAACUACCAUACGAUCCAGCCAUCCCACUACUGGGUAUUUAU